GUUCUCUGGCCCGCUUCUCAAUUGCAAAAUUUCGGGCUAGGAAAUUUUCAUAACCUUCUUUUUUUCUCUUUUUUUUUUCUCUUCCCACCGCGAAAUUUACUAACCCAACAGCCAUCAACCACCCCAAACCACCCAAAAACCCAACUUCCGCGAUGGCAAAGGAAGCGCCAGCCCGUACCGGGCUCACCAUCGGUCUCAACCGCGGCCAUAAAACCACCCCUCGCGUCGUCAAGCCUCGUGUCUCGCGAACCAAGGGCCACCUCAGCAAGCGCACGGCCUUCGUUCGUGACGUCGUCAAGGAGGUUGCUGGUCUUGCUCCCUAUGAGCGCCGAGUCAUUGAACUGCUACGAAACAGCAAGGACAAGCGUGCCCGUAAGCUAGCCAAGAAGCGGCUCGGUACCUUCGUCCGUGCCAAGAAGAAGGUCGACGAGCUCCAGCGCGUCAUCGCCGAGUCCCGCAGAGCCGGUCACUAAACGACGUGAAUCUCGAGCGGAAUUACCUAACGGCGGUUUAACAACAAGGUUGGGGCGUCAAGGAAAUGAGAGAGGAAAAGAAGGAAGCAAAAACAUGUUCGGCAUGAGGUCUGGCGUCCGUCUUUCUCGACAGCAUUGAUGAUUUACGGAGGAUCGGUACGAACAAAUGGAUAGGUAGCUUUGUCAUAGCCAUAGCCAAAGUUAUCUCCCCAAAAUCCCCAUGUACCUACGGCACAAGUGGGAAACAAGACUUAAGAAUCUUGAUUUGGGAAGCCAAAUUAUAUUCAUUUCAUUUCAAAAAA